GAAUCUUCAACCCCAGAAUCCUGUCCCACCUGGUGACACACCAGUUCAGUUGUUGGGACUGAAUUAGAACAUUUUCUGUCAAAGUGAACCUUCGUCAAACUGUAUACAUUACAGAUGUACACAGUUUGAGUAAAGUAUGAGUAAAGUAUUAGUAAAGUAUUAGUAAAGUAAACACUCAGUGAUGACGACCUUAUUUCCAUCUAAUUACCAAAAUCCACUCUAACUUCCACGUUAACCAUGACGACCUGCUCUUUUGUCCCCUCAAGUCAGUGAAAAAAAACAAAAACUCUCACGCACGCACACCCUCCCCACACACACACACGCACACACACUCCUCUACCUGCAGCAUCAGUGCUGACGUUUGCUUCUUUAAACCUCCACAGGAAUCAGACGUCGUCAGAAGCUGAAACUGCAGCGCAGCAAACUUUCAAAAACCUUUUUUCACAAACCUUUGGAGCGUGGUGCGGCUCAGAAAUGGAAGCAGGGUUGAUACGACCGGCUGCUGCUGCCGCCCUGGUACUUUUUGCAGCGUCAGUGGUCGGAGCAGCACAGGUGAACAUCACUCGUGAUAUGUGUGGAGUCAGUAAACUGUGUUUGGAGACACCUGAGGACUGUGACCCCGCUGGAGAGACAGACUGUCUCUUUGCGGCUCUGUUGACCCGGACGCCACCGGCUCCCAACGGAACCGACCUGUCGCUCCAACUCAGAGGAAAUUCCCUGGGAUACAUCGGACUGGGAAUCACGAACGACAACGCAACUGAGGGAGUCACCACACUCUUCAUCUGUGCUCAGAACUCCUCGGACAACGGGACGUUCAUCUUCAGAAUCAUGCUGAGGAACAACACGGACGCUACGCUGACGCCUUUAGACACAACCUUGCCAGAAGUGCAGGGUGUGGUGGAAAACAAUGUGAUCCGGUGUGAAUUCAGUAUCCCUACGAUGAACGACACCAAUGGAUACACCCUGAGCAACCCUUACACCAUACUGUUGGGGGAGGGCAGUGUAGAAGGAGAUACGUUCGGCAACUUCAACAUCACCCUGAACAGUGGCCCCCUUACCCUGCCUGACCUCUACAACAACGUUGUCAACACAACAACAACUACCACCCCAUUUGUCACCAACAGCCCAAAUACAACAACUAUGGUCAACACAACAACUAUGGUCAACACAACAACUAUGGUCAACACAACAACUAUGGUCUACACAACAACUAUGGUCAACACAACAACUACGGUCAACACAACAACUACGGUCAACACAACAACUAUGACCAAUACAACCACUCCAAACUCAGGAGCCAGCAGUGUCCUCAACUCUAAUGCUGUGACUGUCCUGCUGACCAUCCUCACACUGUCCGUCAUGCUGAGAGUCUAAGUCCAGAGGAAAGGCCUGGAGGAAUAUGAAAAUACAGAAAUUAUAUUUUGCACUUGAGCUGUAGUCUGAGUUUUAACUGCACCUAAUCAGUUGUUAAAUAUUCUUUUAUUCCCCACCUGCACGACAAAAACAACAGCAACGCGAGUAAUGAUAAUUAUCUUUUUUGUUAACUGCUUCUGUUAAGUGCCCUUGGGUCAAAAGAUCCACUUUUUUUAAAUAAUAUCUCAUAAAAUAAUUUGGAAAUUGUUAAGGUUUUUUCAUUAAUAUUUAAAUGAGAAUAUAUCUACAUAUAAUAUAUAUAAAACCGUUAUUUCCAUUUAUUUACAUGCACUUUAUUUCUCGCUCUCCGAUUCAGCCAAUCACCAACUGUUGCUAAGCCGAAAACAAGGAGCAACAGGUGAAUUACCCAAUUAGCACCAAUUUCCUCCUUAAAAUUUUGCACCAAUCCAGAGUUUUUUAAACCGGAAGCACGCGAUGUAAACAAAGAUGGUGGCCUGCGGUAGUUUUGAACACGGUGCUUUAGUUGCCUAACAAAAUAAAUAAAAUCUGUCAUUCUGAGCUCAUAAAAACUUGGAGACACUUCACGGGCUUGGACCUCACAAGUCAUUUUGAACAUAAUUCAUCAUCAGGUAGAGUAUGUGAUAUAUAUAUAUAUGUUUUUUUAACGAUUAAAUGUUCAUACAAACAACAGCAUUGGCUGAACAGUUAAGAAUAAACCGGCCUCAUUUUUAACACGUUCAAUUGAUUGUUGUAUUGACAGAAUGAACCACAGUAAAGUUAAUAACCGUAUUUAAAAUACUGAGAUAAAAAGCAAGAAAACCGUUUGAUUAAUAUCUUUGAAACAUCUGGGGUGAUCACAUCGUUUUUAUUUGUCCCUGAAGCAAUGGUUUCUUUUGGUUUGGGUCUGUGUAUUAAAAUGAAGAGGAAACUUCAUAUUUCGUUCUAAAAGCUAUUUUUUAUAUUUUUUAUCAUUGUACUGUUGUUGUAAUCUUUGAGUUAAGUUAUGUAGUUGGUGUUUUUGGGGCAAAAGGGCAAUGAAAGUGACCCGUGGAGUUCACUGGAGCCUUGAGGCCUUUUUCCUGUCAAUAUAAAUAUACACUUAUUCUAAUUGCGUCAUUAAAAUCUCUACAGCC